CCAAUCCUCACAGUCCACACAGCUGUAACCUCCUAUCAGGCAGGCAGCAUUUUUUUUAACAGCAACUCCACACACCACAUGUACUCUUAGCUGAGAGAACACAGCAUUGGCAGACCACCAACAAAGUGUGUUUAUUAUCCUUAAUCUGGAAAACAGUAUUGACAUCACUGAUCAUGGUAUUGUGGAUCUUCAGAUCAGGAGGUUGCCUGGGACCUAAAGUAUAUUCCGAGGUACCAGAUGGUGGCUGGGGUUGGAUUGUGGCUGUGGCCUUUUUUAUUGUCGAGGUCUUCACGUACGGAGUCAUUAAAAGCUUUGGCAUAUUCCUCAAUGAUCUGAUGUGCGAGUUUAAUGAAACCAACAGUCGAGUUUCAUGGAUAAUCUCAAUAUGCGUGUUUGUAAUGACUUUUACAGCACCAUUGUCCACUGGGCUGAGCAACAGAUUUGGCUACCAGCCUGUUGUGAUCCUCGGAGGAUUCCUAACUUGCCUGGGAACAAUAUGCACUGCAUUCACCAGCUGCAUAAAUCAAAUUUACAUCACAAUCGGGAUUGUUUCAGGACUCGGUUACUGUUUGACAUUUCUUCCGACUGUCACCAUCUUGUCCCAGUACUUCAGUAGACGUCGGUCCUUGGUCACUGCCAUGGCCUCCACAGGAGAAUCUUUCGCCAUAUUUGCAUUUGGACCAGCGUUUACUGCACUUAAGACACAUAUUGGCUGGAGAUACACAAUGGUGGUGCUUGGAAUAUUACAGGGUACCAUCCUGGUCUGUGGACUUCUGCUUCGCCCCACGAUAAUCAAGCCAGAGACUACAGAAUGUUUAACCAAACCACUGAGAAAGCAGGAAAUCGAGGACUCUCCCACUGAUACUGAGUUUAGUGGCUCCAUGAGCUCCAGAGGCUCUGGGGUGCAGUCAUUCGAGGAGCUGGAACAGAGCCUCCAAACAGGGGGACAACAAAAAGAUGGAGACACAUUGCAAACUCCUCAAUGUCAACAGGAUAUAAAAAGGUUUUGCAGAAACAAACUCCUGGACCUUUCUGUGUUAAAGGAAGGCAGCUUCUUAUGUUAUGCUAUGUUUGGUCUUUUUGCAACACUGGGUUUCUUUGCCCCACACUUAUAUGUGGUGGAGCUCAGUGUGAGUAUGGGAACUGAAAGGGACAAGGCAGCCUACAUGCUGUCAAUAGUAGCAGUGGCCGAGAUCUUUGGACGUCUCUCCAUUGGCUGGAUAAUGAGCUGUGGCUGCAUUAGGAAGAUAUUUGUCCUAUUUGGAUGUGUGUUUCUGAUAUGUCUAGUGUUAAUGCUCUUCACAGUAGUAGACGGCUUAUGGGGCCUGGCUGUCUGCUGUGUAUUGUAUGGUUUCCUGUUUGGCAAUAUUGCAUCCACACACAUUCCCAUGCUGGCUGAGGAUGACGUAGUGGGCAUAGACAGAAUGCCCUUAGCUGUAGGGGUCUAUGUAUGCAUCCAGAGCUUUGCAGGACUUGCUGGGCCACCUUUAGGAGGUUUCUUGGUGGACAUUACACAGAAGUAUAGCUCUGCCUUUUACUCCUGUGCUGCUGGUACAGGAUUGGGUGCACUCUUUCUUGCGCUGGUACGUCCAGUGAAGACAGGUUUUCUGUGCACAAAGAAAGACCAGCACUUGCCAAAACAGCCUUUGUUGCUGAGCAAGGGUCAGAAUAAAGUCAUGCCAGAGGAAUUUAUAAAGGUGGACAUUCUACCUAACUCACAAGGUUAUUCCUGGAAAAAAAAAAAAUUCUCUUUGGGCUUGGCAAAGGUGGCGAGGGUGUGGAUGUCUGAGCAUCAAGCUGCAUGUCACAUUGAGGCCAAACUGAGGUAAAUCUAAUUCAUCACUUAUAUUCAAAAACAAUAAGAAUAGAAGAAACAGGCAAAACCCUAGCCUUACACCCAUCACACAUUCACAAUGUGUGAUGUACUUAGAAUAUUUAUAUAGUAGUAGUUUGUUUAGGAUGUUGUUGGUUUUUUUUUUUAUUAUUCUGUCCAGAGAGUGUGAUACAAACCACCUUAAUGUCCUAAAUCAUAUAUUCAGCCAUAUCAGUUGCAGGUAAGAUUUCAGAUUGGCCAGGAAGUCCACUCUAUAUGUCCAGUCAUAUACAACAAUUAUUUUUAACUACAGAGUUCUUGUUGAGGGCCCACAUUGUUCUCCAAUAGUUGAUGUAUUGGAGAUAAACUAUCCCUGAAACUGAAAAUGUGUUGAAUCAUGUGAUAAAUGCAGCUGAAAAACCCUUUACAAUGUAAUGGGACUGAAAACAGUUUAAUUUUUUUUUUUCUAUAGGGACAACUGCACUGGAUACUAGUUACAGAAUACUAAGACCUAUUAGACUUAUUAGAGUUAUUUUAAAGGUAGGCAAUUGUAACCUAAUGUGGAUUAAUAAUUAGUUUAAAUACAAAAUAUGCAGAAUCUAAAUUCACAUCUCAAUGAGCAAAUAAUUACUUUUUUAGUGGAUAUCAUUUUAUUUAGAACUUAAUUAUAUUGCCUAAACCCAAGCUACCUAUUUUUUUUCAGUUAGAUAAUAACUUGCCAUAUUACAGUGUUUUAUAAAGUAAGAUUAAAAGGUUUCAUUAUCUAUAAAUACAAGAUAAAUAAUUUGGGGAGUAAAUAAGAUUCGAGGGGAGAAGCUGUCAUGCUGUUUAUAUGUCCAGUGCUAGUUUUGCUAAGUGAAAAAUUACAUAGAUAUACUUUGCAGGACUUCAUGUUCUACGGUCAGUUUCCUUUUGGGAUGUGGUCAGAGUCACUCUAGUUGAGCAAAUACUUUUUAUUUCAGAAGUUAAAAAAAGGAAAGUUGUUUUAUUUGUACACUAGAUAGCGUAUAGGAGAGAAUGAAGAGCUCUCUCUCUCUUUCCCUUCUCUAUGGGGCCAAUGAUUCCCUAACUACUUAACUGUCUAUAACUCCAUACUGAAAGAAGAGAUGAUGAUUAUAAUGAAGACAAAAUGCAAAAUGAGUUUAUUCUUUUAUUUGGCAUUGCAUUUAUACCACUGUAAUAUCUCUUGCCCAAGAAAUGUAAGAAAAUGAGAAAAGUCUGACAAUUUCCCUAGAUCUUCUCUUGUUUAAUAUAUUAUGUGAUACUUGGUGUCCCUUUGACCCUGCUGGAGAUUCACUAUACUACAAUGAAUAUGGAUCAUUACGGCACAAGUAGAAAAAAAAAGUGUAAUUCAAUUACAGUUUUAAAAUAAGAUGCAUGCAAGUGAUGGUAAACAUUGGAAGAGUUCAACAGCUUCACUAGCACACAGACAAACUGCAUGUAAUUUACUGGGUAUUAAUUGCAGUAUUAAGCCAGUUGUGAAACGACAAUCCACUUCAAAGCUUAUAGCAAAUGCAAGCACACUUUUACUAGUUCAUUUUUAUUUUGCUCUCAUUUAAUUUUACAUAACUUCUUUUUAUUCCUGAAGGAUUUUGUACAGCUACAGUGGCAUUAACCUCAUGUUUUUGGACCACUUAUCUCUCUUUCUUCCAAUGACAUGAUGUCGCUUCUAAGUUUAUAUUUAGGUG